AUGGUAUUAUUUUAUAAAAUUAUUGAUCCAGAAUAUAUUGUUUAUAUGGGUAUUGAUAAAUAUGAAAAUGAAGAUUUAAUUAAAUAUGGAUGGCCAGAGGAUAUUUGGUUCCAUGUUCAUGAUUUAUCAUCAGCUCAUGUUUAUUUAAGAUUAAAGAAAGGACAAACUAUUAAUGAUAUUCCAGCUAAUGUUUUAGAAGAAUGUUGUCAAUUAGUUAAAAAUAACUCAAUUCAAGGUUGUAAAGAACCAGCUGUAGAUAUCGUUUACACACCAUGGGCCAAUUUAAAAAAAACACCUGGUAUGGAAGCUGGUGCAGUAUUAUAUCAUAAUGAUAACGAAGCCAAAUACGUUAGAAAUGUUAGAAAAUCAGCUAUCAUUAAAAGAGCUGAUAAAAAAGCACAAGAAGAUAAGAAAAAGCAAGAAGAAAUUAGAAAUUAUACUUCGGUUAUGAAAUCUGAUAAUAUGAAAUCAAAUAAAUAUAGUGCUAUAGAUGAUGACGAUUUUAUGUAA